AUGGCUACCCCGCGUCGCCCUCCUCCCGCGUAUAACGCUCCUACCUCGACCGUGCACGCGUCCUUGGAGGUUUACAGAAAGGUCGCUGCGACUGCAUCAGACCCUUCCGCUCGCAAACUUGAAACUUCAUUUACCAUCCGUCCCUGCUCCGGCCAGGCAUGGACUGUCCGGGCCGGGCAGGUGUGUCGGAUCACCACUCCAAAGGGACCGCAAGUCGGGGAUCUGAACAUUUGGAACGCGCAUAAUCCCCGCGAGCGCAUGUGGGCGGCGCGCACUCGACAAAUACACAGCUCGCAUGUCUCAGUUGGGGACCGCCUGUGGUCCAACCUCCCCUAUCUCCGGCCGCUGGUCACCAUCACCGGGGAUUCGCUGGGCGGCGGACAGCUGGACCAGGUGCUGGGUCCGGAUGGCAAGAGGAAGGAUGGCGUGGGUUUCAAAACGACCCAAUGGGGAGGUCGUGUUCACGAUCUCCUGGGCACCCGGUGUGACCCCUAUGUCAACCUGCUCAUGGGAGGAGAGAGUUUCGACUUCCACUGCCAUUCGAACUUGACGCGGGCUGUUCUUCCAUACGGUCUGACGGAGCUUGACGUACACGAUGUGCUGAACGUGUUCCAGGUGACAGGACUGGAUGAGGAAGGAAAAUACUUCAUGGAAACCUGUCCCGCGAAAGAAGGGGAUUACUUUGAGUUCUUCGCAGAGGUGGAUGUGCUGUGCGCACUCUCGGCUUGUCCAGGGGGGGAUCUCUCUGCCUGGGGUUGGGAAGACAAGGCAGGAGGCGAUAUGGCCGCAACCUGCCGUCCUCUAGGGGUCGAGGUGUACAACCUGACAGAUCCGGGAAUCCUGGAGGGAUGGAAGGAACCCGAAUUCCCCAAAUAUACUGGCAUGCAUGGCAUUAGAAUGCCUGCUAGAAAUGAUGCGGAUGGAACAAAUUACACCGGAGUGUAG